AUGGCUGAAGAUUUAAUGAAUUCGUCUCAACAUAUUGAAAGGGUAAUUCAUUCACAAACAAAAGAGAAAUGUCAAAAAAAUCGCUUGCGCCUAAGGGCUUCAGUUAUAACUGUCCGGUUGCUAGCACUUCAAGGUUGUGCCUUUAGAGGUCACGAUGAAUCUUCAUCUUCAUUAAACUGUGGGAAUUUUAUUCAAAUGCUUAAGGCUUUUGCACAAUUGAGUAUGGAAGUUGAUAAAGUUGUAUUAGAUAAUACUCUGAAAAAUGCUCAGUACAUUGCUCCAAAUAUUCAGAAGGAUAUUUUGCAUAUUAUGGCUAACAGAGUACGAAAGAUGAUUCGUGAGGAUGUUGGAGACCGAGAGCAAUUAGCCAUUAUUUUGAGGUUACAACUAGCAUUGAUUUCUAUAGCUAAGGAUGUCAGUGUUAUUUGGGAAUUCUUUUCUCAUUUGGAUAAUAUUAUCAAUAUUAUUAAUUCUUCUUCUCAGCGCAUUAGUGAGUUACAAAAUGCUCAAAGAAAAGAAGAUAAGCAUAUGUUGAGUAUUGGAGAGCGUGAGUCUGGAAGUGGAGCCAAUCAAAUAGGUAAUUUGCAACGUGCUGGAGCAACACGUUGGAGUUCUCAUUAUGAUUAUGUAAAAAGCAUGAUAGGCAUGUACUCUGUAACUUGCAAGGUGCUUGAAUAUCUUAAAGUUCAUUGUUCAAAAGCAAGUUCUCGAGCUGAAGUUCGUGGCGCUUAUAGACACUUUGCAUGUUUUGAAUUUGUGUUCAAUUUGAUUUUAAUGCACAAAAUUAUGAGAAUAAUUGAUGUUCUUUAUCAAGCCCUUCAAAAAAAAUCACUAGACAUUUUGGCUGCUAUGAGAUUUGUUUCUAUUGCGAAACUUAUCCUUCAAGAAUUGAGAGAAGAAGGUUGGGAAGUGUUUCUUCAAGAAGUAAAAGAUUUUUGUUCAAGACACAACAUUCACAUACCGGAUCUAGAUUCUUCAUAUAUGAUUGGUCGUUAUAGUGAUGAGACUACAGUUGAGCACCAUUAUCAUUUUGAUGUUUUCAAUGAAGCAAUUGAUUUUGUAUUGAUGGAGUUAAGUACACGAUUUAAUGAUAAAUCAAUAGAACUCAUUUCUCUCAGUGUGGCUUUGGAUCCCAAAAAUUCAUUUGAAUUAUUCAAUAGUGAUGAUAUUUGUACACUUGCAAAAAAGUUCUAUCUUAAAGAUUUUAGCAGCCAAGAUACUUAUGCUUUAGAAUAUGAGUUGAAUUAUUAUGUUCAUGAUGUGAUUGCUGACCAAAGGUUUCAAGUAUCUACACUUGUUGAAUUGUGCCAGGAGUUGACCAACAGUGGAAGGUUAGAUACAUACAUUAUGAUAACUAGAUUGAUUCGUCUUGUAUUGACAUUACUUGUUUCUACUGCAACUACUGAGUGGGCAUUUUCAGUAAUGAAACUUUUGAAGACAACACUUCGUAACAAAAUGGAGGAUGACUUCCUUACUGAUUGUAUGACACUCUACAUUGAAAGAGAACUUGCUCUUACAAUAGAUGUAGAUUCUGUUGUAGAUGAAUUUUUUGUUUCAAAAUCUCGUCGAGCUCAAGUUUAA